UGAUUUGGUGUUAACGCAGAGCAUUGUUACUCAGAGUGUGUCCAGUGGAUGAAAUGCCGAGUCCAGCGAAAGUAGUUCCGAUCAUCAUUUUCCUGCUGUUAUCAGCUCAGUCAAUGACAAGUGACUUUCUCAGGUAAAUAAAAUAAUUACAAUACUAGAGGUAUGGACCGCCGGAUCCAUCAUACCUUGAGAAACUAAGAUAUAUAACAACAACAGCCUAUUAUUAUUUACACACAUUAAAUAGAUUCGUUUAGUAGGGCAAAGAAUACAAAUAAACGAGAAAGGACAAAGAACUUCAUCUGAACCUGAAGUUAGCAUAACUGUAGUCGAGGCAGAAUAAAAGUUUAGGUAUAUGAUUUUUUUGUACAGAAUAUUGAAUUUACAAUGACAGCCAUUUUUUUUUAGAGGAAAUUUAACUCGUACCCUCUACGGUCUAACUAUCGGCUGUGGCAAAGGGGCCGGAUUAUAUAUAGAAGAUUAAUUCAACGUAAUUAUCCCUGUCCUAAAAGUCUCCAAUAAGUAUGGCCCUUGUUCUCGACAUAAGCGUCUGGAGCCCCUCCCGAAUCAUAAUAACCCAACUUAACUCAACGUUAAUUCUUCUCAGCUUUAUCAAAGCAAUAUUUGCUGUGUUCCAAACAAAAGAACAACAACAAGGGAAUGAUCUGCAAGUAGCAUAAGCUAAUCUAGGCGAAACAAACAGUCAUACCAAAGCAAAACAUUGCAAUCAGUAUUACCGUUAAAUUCAAUAUAGCUUGAUUGCAAGCAACGUUCUAUUAGUUUUUAGUGCUGUAGAAAUUUGAGAAAUGUCGAUUCAGUCAUUAUGCCUCUCUAGAAUCUCAACCAGGAAAAAGUGGAGUUUCGUUUUUUAAAAAGAGCUUUUUCACAGUGUUUCGGAAGCUUCCUUAAUGUUUCUUGUAUGAUGUCAAUGGUUGCCUCCUACGACUUUUUACAUCUUUGUGGGAUUUCCUGCUGUCGAGUUCUGGAACUUUUUAACCAGCUCCUUUUGACCAAGGGUCUUCACCACAAAUAUAUAUAAGGUGAAAGGGUCUGAAAACUAUAGUAAGCAUCAAAUCUGCUGGAACACCUAGUGAAACAAUCAACAUAAGAUGAGACAGUUUCGUUUGAUAAUGUUUAAUGACCAUUUCUCCCCGGUUUCACUAGAAAGUUCCUUGUCGUGUAAAGGGAGUGAGGGCUUUAAAAAAGAGUUCACAGUUAAAUCGGAUUUCCAACAUACUCAAAUUUGGGACAUAGAACUUCAUGCAUCCAUGCCUCUUCAACUUUUAACGCAAGCUUGACUGAGGGUGCGAAUGGGGUUAACCGACUAGCGACAAAGGGCAAAAAAUAUUACCGACUACCGACAAAACGCGAAAAAAAUUACCGACUACCGACAGGAAAAUUAUUAACCGACUACCGACAUUAUCUAUAUUUUUUUUCAGAAAGAAGAGUAUAUUGAAUUUUUCCUACCUUUCUAGGAAGUAACCCAAGAUACCACGUCACAAGUCUUUUUACAAGUCAGUACCACAAAACGAGGAUAUUAAAAUCGGUUUGCAGAGCGUAUGCCAAGAAUUUCUACAACCCGCCUAGUCCUAAACAUUAUAUGCGACAAAUGCUUAAAUUAAUCCUCAAAGAAAAUUCUUUCCCGUUCAAUGGAAAGCUCUACCUCCAAACCCACCGUACCGCGAUGGGCACAAAGACUCCCCGGUUUCACUAGAAAGUUCCUUGUCGUGUAAAGGGAGUGAGGGCUUUAAAAAAGAGUUCACAGUUAAAUCGGAUUUCCAACAUACUCAAAUUUGGGACAUAGAACUUCAUGCAUCCUAACCUGAGAACAAGCGUUAUUUUUAUUAUUUUUUGUUUGCUUUUUGGCUCGAGAGGGAAAAAAAUAACGCCUGAUACAUUAAUUUAACAAGCCGUCAACCGCCCCGUAAUUUACAUAAUCUAACGUCUGCGUGACCUGUCAUGUUAUUAGCCAAUAAGCGUUUACCAUACAGGAAUCAAAUUUUGGCGCGAAUAAUGUCUCUUUUGAAAUCAAUUUUAGGAAAAAAAGAAAAUUUUUAAGUACAUCCAUGUUCAGAUGGCGGUUCGAUUCCUAAAAAAAUUUAAAUGUGUUGUUUUUGUGAUGAAAUACUGCUAGCUGGAGCUGCCGUACCUCUAUUUAACAGGUACAAAUAAUAAAAAAUUUACUGGUUAAAGCUCGUUGACUUCGUUCUGUGCCGAAAGCAGUGAAAAAGAAAAUUACGCUGAAGCACCAUAUUUCACGAACUGAAAGGUGUUGUGAAAGCGAAGAUCGCUCAGCGUAAUUUGGAGAUUUCUGAAGGAGGAAUUACAGUCAAACCAGGUCAAGAUUCCAUUCAUGAAUUGAUUAUUUGAAAAGCCGAACAGGUUUGUCGCUUCUGUAACUUGUAGCCGGUAUCAAAUUGCAUUCAAAUGAUCGGUGAAGUUUUGACUGCAACUUUUUAGCAUACGAUGAGAUGGAAAAUAUUUCAAUGGAUGAAACUUCUAUUUAGGCAUUCUAAAAAUUCAAGAAAACUGAGCCGGCAGAAAUUUCGUAACGAACUCGCGUGUGUAUUCACUGAUCAUUACGCAAGCAAAAAUGCAGACUGAAAUCAACAACAACUAACGGAUGGCGGCAUUUUGGCCAAUCGGAACAGCGCAAAUCAUCCGUAUUGUUUCCUAUCCAAUCAGAAAAAAGUCCAGAUUCUGGCUUNCAAGAAGUGAAGUAAAAACCCGGCCGUACACGAUUAUUAAUAUCGGUUAGCGACUCUUCACAACUGCCAGGCUAGUUUGAUCUACAGACAGCUUAACCGUACAUUGCUUCGACUUGUUCGGUUACUUUAACGGCUCCAAAAUCUUCCCUUGGAAAAAUAUUUAACCUUGGGCUAGUUUACGACUUUACUGAUACAGCCCUAAAUCAAGACAAUAAACAUCGCUGUUCUCAUUUUGUUUGAGGUUUGCAAAACAAUUUAAUUUCUAAUGUAUGCGCGACCCAACUUUUAGUCAAUGAAACUCCGUUACUUGUCAUUAGUAGCCAAUCACCAAGCGAGAAAAGUUAUUGACAAUAACGAUGCGCUAGUCUAAAAAAGUCAUAAGUUUUCUUCUGUUUUCUUCAUUUUUACUGGCAUUUUUGACUUUUGUUAUUGUAAAAAACAAAUUGACGCCAUUUUCUUAUCGUCUCUCAUCUUAUUGAUGAUAAAAUGACAUCAUAGCAUUGUCAAAGUUAUGACGUCAUUUUAUCAGCAAUAAGAGGACAGACGAUAAAAAACUGGCGUCGAUUUGUUAAUUCGAAUUAAUCUGUGUUUGUUAUUUUUGAAAUUAAUCCUUUUUUAAUUUGCUGUGAGACAUGUUUCCUCGAUGUACAAGCGUCGCCUUCAAGUAGAUUUUCUCGUUUUCACUGGGAAGUGAACUGAGAUUGUCAAUGUUUCGUUGGCAGACUUUUACUUUGGAACUGUUCUUUCGUCAGUACUGGCGUGAUGACAGGCUAUCUCAUAAUUUGCCUGAGAGGCAGAUAACGUUACCUGGCGACGCCGCUGACAGACUGUGGCAGCCUGACACAUUCUUUCUAAACACCAAAAAGGGAGAGCUGCACAAACUGACUACCUUAAACAAAGUGAUGGUAAUUCAAGCCGAUGGUAGUGUAUUUAUUAGCACAAGGUAAAAAUAAAACAGUUUUUCUUGAUGCCGAGUAUUAUGUAUCACCAGCAUACUUAAUUAUGGGCGUAACUGCGGCUUUCAAAAUGAAGGGGACAAUUCAAUUCAACUUUGUGACUAGCUAAAUUCAACAAUUUUCUUGUUCAUUUACUGUAACCUCCAUGCAAAAAAGUAACAAACCAUGUUCUAAUCGGAGAGGGGGUGUUACAAUUACUUGUCCCACACGGCCAGCAAACCAAAAACCGGAAGACAUGACCCUGACGCGCCUGUCGACAGUUACUUUAACAAAGUUUUGCAUCGAAUUUUGACUGGUUAAUCUUAUUAUGUGUUAACGGUGUGACUCAAGAAUAAUUUAUUUUUCUAGUCUUAACGAAAGUCAUCGCCUCCCAAUAAAACUGAUCUCAUGAUCUUAAAACCGUGUAAAAUUUGUUGUAAAAUUUUUGUUGGAUCGUCAUGACUUUUGGCUUAUGUUAUUUAUAAUAUUUAGAAUCACUCUGACGUGUCUCUGUACAAUGGACUUUCGCAAGUUCCCCAUGGAUCGACAAGUGUGUGAAUUGAAAUUCUCAAGUUGUAAGUUUCGAAAAAAGUAUACGUAUUAAUGAAAUAAAAGCGUUGAUUCUCUACCGCACAGGUUGUCGAAACGUCAGUCACUGUCAACAACAACAGUCCUAUUCAGGACUACGGUCACCCGGACGAUCAAACUCAACCUACUUUUGAAAUGACUCAGGGCCCAGUUGUUCGAAGGCCGGUUAGCGCUUAACGUGGUGUUAAAUUUAACCCUGGUUUCUUUUUCUUGCGUUCAAAAGCAUUUUCUCGGAUAAUUUUCUCUCUUAUUUUCAGAGCCGUCCAAUCAUCAAAUUGUGGACAAAAAGAAUUAAAACUGAAUUGCUUUUUAAGCUUUCAAAUCUUAAUUCAAAUCUCGCACAAACCCUGGGUUAUCUUAAUCCAGCUUUGGACAACUCGGCCCUGGGUUCAAACCUUUCACAGUACACUUUUAGUCGAAUUUUCAAUCAACAUCGCUUGUUACGAGAAAAAAGCAACGAUACCUAGAUUUACUAGGAUAAGAAAAAACAAAGGACUUCAAAAAUCGCUUAAAACAGUGGAUUUAUGCACCUAUCAAUGUAAAGCCGGCGGGGAGGGGGGGGGUCGGGGAGGCAGGGUAUGGGGUGGGGAUUUGCUUGUCUUUGUUGGCCCUGGGGUAGGGCAUUUGACUAAUCUUGUUCUCCCAUGGGAGGGGAUAUUUGAAUCUUUCUUCGCCCGACGUGGAGAUAUUUGACUGCCGACUUGGGCGAAAAAGACUGCGACGGAACAUCUGUUUCCCAAUCUGUUUCCCACUUCCACGCUUCACGCAUGCGCCGUACGGUUUGAAAAGAUCAGGAAGUCAUGGAGGCCAAUGAGAACAAGCGAAGGCUGAGUGAAUUUCACUGUUUUGUCUUCAAAUUUCGUUUGUUUUAGUGCGUUUCUGAUCAAUUGAACCUCUUAAAAUACUGUGGAAUCAAAGGAAACGAAAGUAAAGAGAAACCAAGUCGAUUUUUGCAAGUACAAUUGAUUAGUGUAUGGCUCAUUCGCUACAAUCAGUGUAAACUUACGAAACUGACUUUUUUUGUACCCUUUACUAAGAACGGUAUAUUUAAACUUACAAAAGUGGACUUUCUCCUAAAGAUUUAUGUAUUCUACGCAGUGUAACACGGAUUACGGUUAAAACGUAUAAUUGCAGCUGUCACAGGAACAUGUAUCUUUGGUGAUGCAGCAACGUUUAUAGAAGAUUACAGAGUUUUAUUUGGAGAUAUUUUUAUUGUGCCUUUCUUGGGUUCUGCCUAGGGGAUUGACAGCAAUGUGCAGCCUAGGGUGGGGAAAUUUGGUUGCAUUUGACUGGAAUGAUUUGCCCGUGGGCAGGGAAUUUGAUUGCAAAUUUUUGAAAAAAGUCAAAUCUCCACCCUACGCUCUGCCUCCCUCCUCGCCGGCAUUACAUUGAUAGGUGCAUUAUACCUGCUGAAGCUUGUGGAUUGCAGGACGACGUGAUUGUACUUUGUUUGGCGUCGUCAACGACACCACGACGACGAAAUUUACUGGUCGCGCUUGCGCAGUACACUGUAACUCACUUCUGGUCGUAAAAGAAGCUUUAAUGGAAAAGUGGAAUCUCUUACAAAACCAACCGCUACUUUGCUAUUUUUUAAAGAACCACCCCUUAUUUCCUGAAAGAAAGGAAAACCAUGGCAAAGAACAUGCUUGUUAGAGCCAACAUAUUAAAGGUCUUUCACGCCGGUAUAGAUGUGCAGCCUGUCACCCCUUGCAGUUUUUCACCAAAAAUAAUUUACGUAUCCAAAAGGUUAGACUGGGCGUUUCCCUCUGUGUCCAAUUAACCUCUCUUCAUUACUUUUUAUGGUGCCCUGUGAUCAACAGGGCACCCAAGUUCGCAUUUGCAAUAAACGCUUUGGUGAAAUACACUAUCAUGUUGCAUAAUGAAGUUUAAGUUCAAUCAAAUGAUACAUUUUUACAAGUUUUACAUGUUUUAUAGGGAUCAAAGUCUUGAAACUGAUUGAAACACAUAACAAAUAUUAAUAAUUGACAAGCAUUUUUACUUAUUAACUGAGAUUAACUGACAACCGACCAAGAUCGAAAUUUUUAACCGACUACUGACAAAGUAACUAAAUUUUAACCGACAACCGACAAGUGGACCCCCCCAUUCAGACCCUCUUGACUGAGGCAAUAUGGUGCGAUCAAUCAAGUCAAUUACCAAAUACUCAAUUAUUGUCUCCCUCUGUGAGGUUUUCCGGGGGUGAUGAAGCAAUAAUUCAAAUGGAACUUAACAAGGUUAAGAGUCUCAACUGGUGGGAGGCGAAUUUUACAAGCGUAGCCGAAGAUUUGAACUCGGGACUACCGAGAACCAAUCCAGCUAGCGGUAACGGAGCAGGACUUGAACUCGGCCCUCCGAAAUACAAGUCCAUCUCUGGCUCGUUUUCCGAUCAAGAAAAGAAGAAGCGAGCAAAUUCGAAAGAAAGGUCGGGAUGCAAAGUAAUAGCGUCGAGAACUAUGUUGUUUUAUUUCCAUGCAGAAAGUUUGUCUGCGAGAGGUGAAGACCAAAUUUUAUAAAAUGUACUUAGUAGCACUCUUCAUCGGAAGAACAAAGUCAAUGUUCUUAAUUUAUGAUGUUUUAAAGUCCUAUUUAAUAUUUACUACUUUUAAUUAUAGGGAUAACUCAACUCAACUCAUGGACGAUAUUUCAGCUGUCAUUACGAGAGUAGCAAAGGAUGAAAGAAACAGGUUUAUUCGGCCAAAUGCAAGAGGUAUAGAAGACAAUAAGGAAUGACAUUACUAAAACAUGAGAAGUUACAGAUUUCAGCAGGAUCUGCAGACAUUUCCAUUCUGACGUUUCACAAGAUCUCCUUUGAUCUGAUUUUUACCUUGUUUUUGACAGGGCCGCCAAUAACAGUCCAAGCUGACGUGCAAAUAGUUUACAUAGGAGGCUUUCAAGAAGUUGAUAUGGUUUGCAAUUAUUUAUUUUACAAUAACUGAAUUAUAUCUCACACGUCGAUCGGCUACUUUUUACUAUCAAUUUAACAAAUACAUUCUAUGUUGCCGUGCGGUGUUCAGUAAGUGAUCACAGAUGACGUCAAAAUGUGGUAAAAACAAAGAACUGGCACACGAGCGAGUGUGUGACACAUACCUGCCUCGUACCGCUUAACAAAUUCCGCUUGACUGUUUGAAGAUUUGCGCUAGUUUAGGCAUUUUUAAAGUCCCGAGGAAACGCUACUUUUCGUCUCUGCUCCUUCUUUUUUUCUUUAUCUUUCUUGUAUACAGUUUCUUUGAAAAGUUUUCAACGUCGUUUGUUGCUCAAAGCAGAAAGCAUGGCGAAAACAUUUUGCAAAACAGCGAGUCUCUCGUAGCGAUAACACACGAUGGCAACUGUUGGGAAGAUUUCUUGUAGUUUCUUAGGCAUUCUCAAGUAGUCAAGAGCUAUUUUUGUCUCUGUUUCUCCAUUUUUCUUCUUUGUAAAAAGCUCCUACUUAACUUUCUUCGAGGUUUUUACUUGCUUUAAUCCGAAAAAAUCUCACAAGCAUUUUCAAAACCGCGCUCCAUAUGUUGUACAAAAGAAAGAAAACAAGCUUUCCGUGACGCCAUUCAUGUAUCUGUACUCUAAUAGAUCAAGGGCAACGACCAAUCACAGCGCGCGUAACACUCACAUCAUGUCAAGCUUCGGUGUUUUUUGCUUAGUUUAGUCCUUUUGCUUAAUCUAGUUUAUUAAAAAUAAGCACAUUAAUAACGGUAGUUUUCUUUUGACAAGUACUGAGUGUUUUUCUAAUCCUUUUUUCCAAAGCAAAACAAACUUUUUGUCCAAAUUGCAAGUACCUUUUAAGUGGAAUUGAAAACUUCAUGCCUAUAAAAGCCACCUUUCGGUUUGAUUGUACACAGCUAUUAUAGCUGAAUGGCGUUCAGGACGACAAACAAGACAAGAAGUGAAGUAAAAACCCGGCCGUACACGAUUAUUAAUAUCGGUUAGCGACUCUUCACAACUGCCAGGCUAGUUUGAUCUACAGACAGCUUAACCGUACAUUGCUUCGACUUGUUCGGUUACUUUAACGGCUCCAAAAUCUUCCCUUGGAAAAAUAUUUAACCUUGGGCUAGUUUACGACUUUACUGAUACAGCCCUAAAUCAAGACAAUAAACAUCGAUCGCUGUUCUCAUUUUGUUUGAGGUUUGCAAAACAAUUUAAUUUCUAAUAUAUGCGCGACCCAACUUUUAGUCAAUGAAACUCCGUUACUUGUCAUUAGUAGCCAAUCACCAAGCGAGAAAAGUUAUUGACAAUAACGAUGCGCUAGUCUAAAAAAGUCAUAAGUUUUCUUCUGUUUUCUUCAUUUUUACUGGCAUUUUUGACUUUUGUUAUUGUAAAAAACAAAUUGACGCCAUUUUCUUAUCGUCUCUCAUCUUAUUGAUGAUAAAAUGACAUCAUAGCAUUGUCAAAGUUAUGACGUCAUUUUAUCAGCAAUAAGAGGACAGACGAUAAAAAACUGGCGUCGAUUUGUUAAUUCGAAUUAAUCUGUGUUUGUUAUUUUUGAAAUUAAUCCUUUUUUAAUUUGCUGUGAGACAUGUUUCCUCGAUGUACAAGCGUCGCCUUCAAGUAGAUUUUCUCGUUUUCACUGGGAAGUGAACUGAGAUUGUCAAUGUUUCGUUGGCAGACUUUUACUUUGGAACUGUUCUUUCGUCAGUACUGGCGUGAUGACAGGCUAUCUCAUAAUUUGCCUGAGAGGCAGAUAACGUUACCUGGCGACGCCGCUGACAGACUGUGGCAGCCUGACACAUUCUUUCUAAACACCAAAAAGGGAGAGCUGCACAAACUGACUACCUUAAACAAAGUGAUGGUAAUUCAAGCCGAUGGUAGUGUAUUUAUUAGCACAAGGUAAAAAUAAAACAGUUUUUCUUGAUGCCGAGUAUUAUGUAUCACCAGCAUACUUAAUUAUGGGCGUAACUGCGGCUUUCAAAAUGAAGGGGACAAUUCAAUUCAACUUUGUGACUAGCUAAAUUCAACAAUUUUCUUGUUCAUUUACUGUAACCUCCAUGCAAAAAAGUAACAAACCAUGUUCUAAUCGGAGAGGGGGUGUUACAAUUACUUGUCCCACACGGCCAGCAAACCAAAAACCGGAAGACAUGACCCUGACGCGCCUGUCGACAGUUACUUUAACAAAGUUUUGCAUCGAAUUUUGACUGGUUAAUCUUAUUAUGUGUUAACGGUGUGACUCAAGAAUAAUUUAUUUUUCUAGUCUUAACGAAAGUCAUCGCCUCCCAUUAAAACUGAUCUCAUGAUCUUAAAACCGUGUAAAAUUUGUUGUAAAAUUUUUGUUGGAUCGUCAUGACUUUUGGCUUAUGUUAUUUAUAAUAUUUAGAAUCACUCUGACGUGUCUCUGUACAAUGGACUUUCGCAAGUUCCCCAUGGAUCGACAAGUGUGUGAAUUGAAAUUCUCAAGUUGUAAGUUUCGAAAAAAGUAUACGUAUUAAUGAAAUAAAAGCGUUGAUUCCAGGUGAGGCUAAUUUGUUAGUUUUUAUACCUGGCUAAAAUGACCUAAAUUUUUAUUUUAUGAAUACCGUACUUUCUGAAUUAAAUGUUUGAAUGAAAAAGGUUAUUAUUCUUUUUUCUUGGCAACAGUUUAUGUUGCUCUUGUACCUAGAGUUUAUUAUAUAUUUAAAAUAAUAACUAUAAGGGGAUUAUUUCAAUCAUUCUAUUUUAGACCCCGUUAUUAAUUUGGGAAUGGUCUCCAACUAUAUUAUGUACUAGGCUUCAUUCUAAUACACUCCAUUAGUACGGAAUAAGCAUUUAUUAUCUCUUUUGUUUUUUGAAAAAUGUUUCUUGUCUUUUGAGUCUUAACAUUAAUUGUUUUCUCUGGACUCUUCUACCUUGCAGACUCUCUUACCACUGAUGAUAUUGUUUACGAGUGGAAGGAGAAAAAUAAAACUUUAUCAGGAAGUGUCGAGAUUGCUCAAUUUACACUUAAACCGGUCAGCACUCAUCAGGACGUCAGCAGCUACGUAACUGGUACUCUAGGGGAUGUGGUCUUGAGACAGCCACCUGAUCUAUUCCCGUAGUCAAUCGACAAAAAUCGGUAUCGAUAAAAAUCGAUAGCAAUCAAGUGAUUUUUAACGAUUGAAAAUGGAAAUCGGUGAAACUAGAUAAACUAAAUUGCUCUGUCAAUUGCAAAUCGAUAUUAUGGAUUUUUCAUGAUUUUAACGGUACAUGACGGAAGUCCGCCAUUGUUGAUUUUUGGCAUAAGUUAGCAUCCGCGAGUAACAACUGAUCAGCAAACACGAAAAUGAGAAAUGUGGAAACUAUUGCACACACAACUUUCUCUCUAAAACUCUUCGUUUUGUACAUAAUAACAAAAACGGUUCGGCUUUUUAAUUACAUUCAGUUCUCGCAGGCAAGUAUCACAAGAAAUACAACCUUAGUAAAGAUUCCCUUGUCUGAAUUUCAGACAUCCACUCCAGUCGAAGGAUUUACCGAUUUUUCUCGAUUUAUCGAUUGAUAAAUCGAUACCAAUUUUUAUCGAUUGACUACUCUGAGUCUAUUGAGAUUAUCGGUUGGUAUUUUCCUUAAAUAAAGAAUGAAAGCGAGAGAUUUUAUUCUGGAUUUUACAUACAAGAGAGUCGACAUGCUCUUUGUAAACUGAGGCUUCUCCUUAUAGCUCCCUAUCACACGUUGUCAUCAAAGCUCCUUGCGUUUUAAUUUGCCAGUGUUUCUCAUCAAAUGCUUGCAUAUUUUUAAAUGUUUCUUUCUCUUUUCCCAGGUAAUUACUCUGUUCUUGGCCUUAGAUUCGAGUUCACUCGACGCAUUGGCCAUUACUUGACAAGGGUUUACAUUCCAGCCAUUCUCAUCGCGUGUAUGUCUUGGCUUUCAUUCUUCAUUGAUCGGAAGUCAGUUCCAGCUCGUGUUGCACUAAGCAUAAUGACUAUUCUCACAAUCACUACACUGUUAAUCGGAGUUGGUGAGGGAUCUUUGCCUGUGGUAUCGUAUGUGAAAGCAGUGGACUGGUACCUAAUUUUUUGCUAUAUUUUUGUGUUCGGUGCAUUUGCAGAAUAUGCAAUUGUAAACAGCAUAGAAAGAGGACACAAAGAGUCUAAAGAACAUCGAGUGGUAAGAAUUAGUAGGGAUGCAUUUGUACACUCCGUGGAAAUAAAAAUGUGAUUGAGUGGUCUACUUAUACUGUCAACCAAAAAAUAUAAAUUUUGUUACAAAAUUGGCUAGUAAAAUAUCCAAGUAUCGUAAAUCUUUUUGUUUCCACUUGUCAAUAGUUAUUCUACGGCGUUGAGUUUUACACUUUUCUCAAUGAUUGUUAAGCGGAAGUAAAACCGAGUCAGUCCGUAACGAUUGAGAAUUGUCUCCACCGUCGCUUGUUUCGCUUUUUUUACUGUUUUAGAAAAAAGACGCGAGUAUCAGAUUUGUAGCUAGAGUAACAAUCACGCAACCCAUCGAACUCAUCGAACCCAUCGAUCAAGAUAAGCUGCCGCCAAAACAUUUGGAGACUUACCACCGUACUUAGAAAAACCUAUUCGGCUAACUUAAGGUGGCUCGAUACAGUUUUUCAAGACCAAUACCUCCCAAGUUUGAGCAUAAACUACGUCGCCAUAAACAAAGUUUUGGAAAAAUUGCCCCCACAGUUGUAUUAGAUAAAGAUGAAAAUCUUUUAUGAUCAGGGUUGCAAUGACAUCGGAGUUGUUAUAGCAACGAAAUGACGCUAUUACCUAUUUUACUUACAGAAGUAUUUCUCGGCACUGAGAACUGUUCUUCCAAAAUUAUUCACGGGAGCUUUUUCCUCCAAUAGCCGCCUCGAUGUUCUUGAAGUUUAAGCGAAAUCUGUAAGAGCGUUAUCGAGAUAUUUUGGCAUCAAGAUUUUGUGGUUAGAAAUACGGUAAAAAUUGGAUAAUCUUGAUGUUCGGCUGUUUUCUGUAGAAAAUGAAGCGCUUUUGACAUGCAAUUUCACCUGAUAGUAGUUUCAAUCUUUUUAAAAAAGUGUGUGAAAGACCGUGGAGAUAGAAGAGAAGAGAAGAGAAGAGAAGAGAAGAGAAUCUCAAGAAUCUUAAAUUUUAAAAAAAAUCUAUCGAGCGGUUUAAAAAUUAUUCGCUAAUUUUUUAAAGAAGACCAAAAUGUUUACAAAACCGCUAACAAGAGCGCUUCGAUACAUACUAAUAAAACCCUUUUUUCUAGCAAUAGGCUGGAGCUAUCUCCAUGAUCCUUCACACACGUUUUUAAAAAGAUUGAAACUACUAUCAGGUGAAAUUGCAUGUCAAAAGCGCUUCAUUUUCUACAGAUAAUGGCGAAACAACAAUAUUGUCCAUUUUUAACUGUGUUUCUAAUCAUAAAAACAUCAUCCCAAAAUAUCUCGAUAACGCUCUUACAGAUUUCGCUUAAACUUCACGAACAUCGAGGCUGCUAUUGGAGGAAAAAGCUCCCGUGAACGAUCUUGGAAGAACAGUUCUCAGUGCCGAGCUACACUGCUGCAAGUAAAAUAGGUAAUAGCGUCAUUUCGUUGCUAUGACAACUCCGAUGCCGUUGCAACCCUGAUCAUAACAUAUUUUCGUCUUUACCUAAUACAAAGGUGAUGGCAAUUUUUCCAAAACUUUGUUUAUGGCGACGUAGUUUAUGCUCAAACUUGGGAGGUAUUGGCCCUGAAAAACUGUAUCGAGCCACCUUAAAGGUCAAAUGAACCAAAAAUUCGACCUUUUUUAUUUCAGUACAAUUCUAAUGAAAUUGGUUUAAUAUGAACCAAAUAAACAUACUACGAAAUUUCAGCUUAAUUGAAGAGAGUAUGUCCGAGAUAUUCGCAAUUAAAAAUUGCUGUUUUUUGGCCCUUAUCUUCGUAGAGCGGUCGAAAAAUUUGUCGGAAACAACAGUUUGUGACGUCAAUGUUGGUCAGGUUUAAAAAAGCGGGAAUUCAAAACAGAGUUUUUCGAGUCGACUUGGCGCAGAAGUGGUUUGUGCGGCCAUAAACCUGGAGAGAACAGGCAAUCUGUCUUCAAAAGUUGCAAGCUGUGGUUAUAACCUUCUUAUUAUUUAAUUUUCUCGAAGAAUACAUCAUAUUGAAAGGGACUUUAACAACGGCAUUAAUUUCCUUGUUCUGUACUGGAAAUCUGCGUGCGUAUAGGUCCGAUUUUUUUCAAGAUGUAUUCACAAAAUGUGUUCAUAUAAGGAAGUUUCUGGAUAUAUAAGGUCCGGAGCUCCACUGUGGACACAAAAACAAAAUAGCUUUGUAUAGUGAUUUGCCGAAAGAAAUUCACGCUUGCCCGCAAUGUGUUUGAAGUCAUUGAACUUUGUCACACUCGAGCUGAUAUUUUAAAACCCACGCUCGAUCGGACACUUGUGCUUCGCAGAACACUAAAAUAUAAACAAAAUCCUCAAUGUAGAAGUUUUGGCGUUGGUUUGUGGGCAGAAAAAGAGUUAAUCUUUAUCUACUAAAAUCUUCCCCAAAAUCGGUUUCAAAGCAACUACAGUUUUUUUAAACUUGAUCGUUUAGCGCAGAUAAAGUUUGCUUUGUGUUGUCAAGUUGAACAUGCAUAACACCGUUCUCAGAAACGAAGUAAGAUUUCCUUCAAACAAAGUUGAAGUUACAUUAUUGCAAAAACUUCUCUCCAGAUACGUAUAUGAUUUAAUUACCGACUGAGGUCACUUUAAGGACCAUAGACGCCACUUUAAGCUCGCAAAGAGAGGCGACAAGCAAAGAACAAUUCCAUCAUGCAUAAAAUUCAGCUUAAGUGAACUAAAAAAAGCUUCAAUAAGGUUGCAAAAAAACGAAUUUCUACUCAAAAAACAUAAGGCUUAGGGCUCUUAUACCUGCUGACAAUGAAGAAGUGAGUUUUCUGUGCGAAAUAACCUACCUAAAGAUCUUAAAAGCAAAGGAUCGGUUGCAAGCUUCGAACCCAAGCCAUGAUUCAAAUGGCCCAUGCGAGGGUCUUCAUUCAAGCAAAUUAAACUCAGGACACUGAAUCAUUAGAAAGUACAGAAAACAGCACAUAAGGGUUUGUUUUCCUCGCUUCAGUCAAAUCCAGCUCCAGCAAUUGUUUACGGGCAAAGAGUCAAUUAUUUUGAAGCCACUGCCGGCAGUUGUCGUUCUCAGCUACUUCACAGCGAGUGAAAAGGAAAAUUUGCGUACAGAAAGAAAACAAAACUGCGUAUUCUAAUUAAAAAUGAAAAAGAAAAAAAGAAAAUGACUAUUAUUACUUGAGCAACAGAAAAGUGAUCGAAGUAGUCUGUUCUUCUCGAAUAAGCUUGCUAGCCUUCUAUAGUUCCGAGGAAGUUUUAAGCGCUCAAGUUCGUUCACUCGCAAGCGUUAGCAUUACUGUUCUUUGACAUAAGACAAGGAUAAAGCUGGUUUUGCAAAGGUAAAUGAAUCUGGGCAUGUAAAGAAACUAACCGUAACCGUAUUUAUAACAGAAUACAAGCGGGUUUUAAUUCAGUCUGGCGAAAGAAGGCGAAGCACUGGACACAAAAUCAAUUCACAAAUCGAAUGCACAAUUAUCAGAAAAAUACAAACCUCUUUGGAAAUGUUCAAAACGUUUUAUUCAAUCAAUCAAUCAAUCAAUUUAUUCCUCCUCAGACUGACGGAAUGAUCUGUUUUUACUCUAACAUUGGUUGUUCUGAAUCCAAGGUAAUUUUCAAGUGACGAAACAACAACAACAAAAACAAAAACAAUGCCUUUACAAGGAGCAAACGUUCGCACCUCGUGUAUUUCAUUCAGUCUCAGUCAGAACUCUCACAGAACGAGACAAACAAACGCAGGCGAUAAGGGAUGCGCAGAAGCUUGCGCAGAACGUUUUUCCGCCCUGAAAGACCAACAUUGACGUCACGUAGUCUCCAGUCUAUCACGCGGCCAUUUAAAAAACGUUUUCGUGAAGUCUUCGGAAAUGCUCGGAUUUUGAUCUUUUAUCUUUCCAUAAAGGCUUGGGAAGAAAAAUCUUUACCCAAAUCUCACCUAGGAUGUUUCUUUUUAGUGUUUGGUGAAGGUAAAACGACAAAAGAAAAUAUCUUAAUUUUUUGGUUCAUUUGACCUUUUUAAAAUGUUGUACCCAAUUCAAACCCUUUGGGUAUAAAACGUCUUGUUUCAGGAAUUUCCAUAUCAUUUAAAUGUGAAUGUUACAUUAUAAAGCAAAUACAAUACACAAAGAAUCUUAACCCCCGGGAGAUUUGAAUUGGGUACAACAUUGAGUUAGCCGAAUGGGUCUUUUUGUCAGUAUUUAUACUUUUCUGGAUAAAUUCUACCGCUUUUAUGCAGUUUAGGAAUAAAUCAAAUUUUACCAACUUAGAAUAAAAAUCAGUGAAAAGAGUUUUUACACAACGUUUCGAUGUUUCCAUGACAUCAUUAUCAAGUGACAAGAUAAAAACUAAGAUAUAUUACGUCAGAUUUUAUUUUUUUUGUCUUGUCACUUUAUAAUCAUGUCAUGGCGACAACAAAACGUUGUGUUCAAUUCUUUUCACUAAUUUUUAUUCUUAAGUGCUAAGGCAGUUUUUAGAAAAUAAUGAUUUCCAUAGCGACUUCACAACCCGUGGGACUGAUCUCCUAUUUUACCUUAAAGCAGUUAGAAGUAUUCGGAUGCAAAAUAAUUGGUGCAUUCAAAUAUGUUAACUUGUCACAUGCUUGACUGCAAAGUGUUACUGAUUCUAUUAGCAGUAUUUAAAUAGUAAGUGGAAGGGCUGCUCUAAACUCUCUGGCCCUUUUGGGCCACCAUUAAUAAGGUGCCUUCCAAUUCAAAGGGGGUGUUUUCCUCAUCGUUCAUGAACAUAUAAUAGUCCCUACAAAGAAUAUUUAAUAAUACGAAGAAAAUUGAGGGUGUGGACUAGUUUCCAUAAAAAAAAAAGCUUUGUAAGCUUUAUGAAUUUCAUCUGUCCUUUUUCUGAGUCCCGGUAAAAAGCGGUUCAAAACUGAUUUUUAAUUGGAAGCAUCAACCUUUGUAAAUGUUAGUUACUGAAAUCUUGCCAUGAUGCUCUGACCAUAUGCGCAGUAAAAAAAUUUUGAGGACCAUGGGUACCAUCCUUAAAACCAGAUUCAUCUUAAUUUACUGACAUCUAAUUGAGCUAUUUGUUUUUCUUCGCUUGAAUAAGUGUGGUGAAUUAACCCUCGGACGUACAGGGGGGUGCAUGACGACCCCCCCUUCACCCUUCAGAAGGUUUUUCUGAGUUUUUUCCUACAAGAUAAGACAUCAGUACCUGACGUUUUCAGUAGCUGUUCGUUCAUCCCUCGCGCACAUUUUGAGACAAGUUUAGUGAUGGUCAGUUGCUAUGGUUACGAGAUAUGACGUCAUAAGUAGCCGGUGGUCAAGCCAAUUUUGGGUGAAACUACAUGUUUUUUCAACUUCUUUCAAGAAUAAAAGUAAAUCUUGUGGCUAAAAUCAUGCAAAGUGCUUAAUUAUGUGUUAUUCUUCAUGUAAAGCACAAAAAAUUACCAUUUUUGGCAGUUUGAACCUGAUUUCUAAUUCUUGGUAAAAUCCAAGAUGGCGGUGAAGAUGGCGACCAUUGUUGGUGACAUCACAGGCCUACAGCAGCGCCACCACCCCUAAAAUAUAUCUCAUUUUGUUAAGAAGAUCACAGGCUUUCCACUAAGGUAAAAUCGUUUCAAAAUACUGCAACAUAUCAAAAACUCCGGGAAGGGGUUCCAUCCACCGCCAACCCCCCCACCCCUUGUACCACGGUGGGGGUAUGAAUUUGCGUGUACGUCUGAGGGUGAAAUGGGAAUAAACACUUGGAAUAAAUCUUUCAGUCUAUUUCUCUAAGUGAACAAUAACUGAAGCUCGUUCAUCAUUUCAGAACUUAACGGAAAUCAUGAAACCUACGGAUAAUAACGCCAACGUUUCUUCAAGAUCACUGCAGAAGGAUUUCGCCGGGGAGAGAGUACGACAUCCCAUCUUUGCAUGUCGCACGUCUGAGAUGAAACUAGCUGAUCUCAAGAACAUUUUUAAAUGCGGUUCAUUAGAUGAUGUUGCCAAGAUAGCUUUUGCUGUUGUCUUUAUUAUUUUUAAUGGGUUUUACUGGUUGUAUUAUCUGUAUUUUACUGCCUAAAAAUAUAUCUUGCGGGGGAUGCUAAACAAUCAGCGUUUAAAGAGUCUCAACUCACUUUCAGCUUUUUAGUACUUAGAAUAAUAAAACUUAAAAUGAUAGUUAAUUGUUUAGAUCUGCUUAUGGAUUAGGUAACACCUACUCGCGAUUAUAAAACGAGAUCACCGUUUCUCAGG